GUCACCACUAAGGGAGGGACGCUAGCUAAUGCAGAUAUAGCCUUGGACGUUUCCGCUAUGGCUUCCGCCAAUGUAAACAUGUAGCCGUUUCCUCCGACUGAACAUAUUACUACUCUGGGGUGUUUCAUUUUCGUUUCUUUUCUUUUUUACUCGCUUUGUCAGUGGUCCACACAGCUAUGGCGGUGCUGCUGAAAAUAGCCGUUUGGGACCCGGAGCAGCGCCGUGUUAGCUUGGUAACUAGCUAACACCUCAUAGCUAAUAAACUAACCGUAUGGGGCUGGCCUAGCUAAUCACACAGCAAGCUAGCUAUCAGUUGGCAGCCACUACGGGCUAAACCGAGCUGAGCCGAACUGAGGAGGAUGGAAAACAAUGACAAUGUCGUCUAACGAAAACACACCGAGAAGAGGAGAAAGAAUGCAGAGGUCUGGGAGUGUGGGUGUACCGUCACCGGUGAAUGGAAAACAAGUUUCUGUCUCAGACUCUGAGACGAGACGCAAGAGGAAGAUUGCAGACAUCACGCAGGCCCUCAGUGUUAGUCCAGUGGAUGUAGCAGCCCUGAGGAGGAUGGCUAUCAGUGAAGGAGGACUGCUGACUGAUGAAAUACGAUGUCAGGUCUGGCCCAGGCUCCUCAACGUCCCCCCUCACCUUUUGGAUCAAGAGCCAGAAACAGUAGAGCGGGAAAACAACAAGGACUUCAACCAGGUGUUGCUGGAUGUCCAACGCUCUCUGCGGAGGUUCCCACCUGGUAUGCCGGAUGAGCAGAGAGAGGGUCUUCAGGAAGAGCUCAUCGACAUCAUCCUCAGAGUCCUGAAACGUAAUCCCCAGCUGCACUACUACCAAGGAUACCAUGACAUAGUUGUCACCUUUUUAUUGGUCCUGGGAGAGCGCCUAGCAACUGCUCUAGUGGAGAAGCUCUCCACGCAUCACCUCAGGGACUUUAUGGAUCCCACCAUGGACAACACAAAACACAUUCUUAACUACCUGAUGCCCAUCAUUGAAAGGGUCAACCCUGAGGUGCAUGACUUCAUGCAACAGGCUGAGGUGGGUACAGUCUUUGCUCUCAGCUGGCUUAUCACCUGGUUCGGCCACGUGCUGUCAGACUUCCGCCAUGUUGUACGGUUGUAUGACUUCUUCCUGGCAUGCCAUCCAUUGAUGCCCAUCUACUUUGCUGCUGUGAUCGUGCUGUACAGAGAAGAAGAGGUGUUGGAGUGUGAAUGUGACAUGGCCAUGGUUCAUCACCUGCUCUCUCAGAUUCCCCAAGACCUGCCCUAUGAGACGCUCAUAAGCCGAGCAGGAGACCUCUUUGUCCAGUUUCCUCCCUCUGAAUUGGCUAGAGAGGCUGCUUCACAUGAAAGCACGGCGGCCUCUACCUUUAAGGACUUCGACCUCGCGUCCACCCAACAACGGCCAGACUCAGUUCUCCGUCGCCGACGCAGACAAAAAGAAGCUGCAAUGGAGAGCUCCGCAGUCAGCUCUGUAGUGACGGUGGCUCAACCUUCAGUGGCGCGACGGUUUGUUCGUUUAGCAGUUAUGGGACUGACGGUGGCUUUAGGAGCAGCCGCUCUCGCUGUGGUCAAUACUGCCCUGGAGUGGGCCCCAAAACUGGACUUAUUUCCAUGAACCAUUUUUGUUUCACCACUACACUCCACCUUAUCUAUGCUUGACUGAACUGGUGGGGACUUGUUCCAGGAACCUUUACUAUCAAACCACAAACUGUGGAGUCUGUAACACUGUCUGGAAAAUACUGCUGAACCAGAGUGCUAGGAUGUGCCUAAACACCCUACUCUACAAUGGCUGCUAAGGCCCUUUCAAUGAUCCCUGAUUAGUGUUCACAAGAUCAACAGCUGCUGGUGUUCUGCAUUGAAGGAUCCUCCUUGUUAUAACAAAGAACUCUUAUUAAUGGUGUCAUAAUAAAAGUUUAUUUAUAUUUCGUAUAAGAAUAAUCUGAUAUUGCGCUCCCUGAGAUUAAAGCUAAAAGCUUGGUGAACUCACUACUGCUGCCAAUUUAGAGAGCUGGAGUGAAUGUGGAUGUGUGUGCGUGUAAAUGUGUGGUCACAACACAAUUGAUAUCUAUUUGAUACCCAGACUGAGACCAAACAGAGGAUUCUAAUCCUCUCUUAGUAUUAUUUACUGUUUGCUUAUCUCAAGGUAUGCAUCGAACGCGUAGGCACUUUUAGGAUCACCAUUUUCUUGUUUUGAUGUCAUUUUUUUAAGUUGUUUGAAGUAGGCUUUUCAGUCCAGGAGAAGUAGAUUGUUGGACUUGAGUAACUUUAAAAUGCAACUGCCUUGCAGCUCCAUAGUCACUUUUUAAGGCACAGUUUACUUUGGGCUGAUACCUCGGGUUAGCUAAACUUAUCUGUAAUGACCAAGUGAUGAAACACAAUUGGUGUUACUGCAGUCAUGGUAAAUUUAUGUAGCAUAAUUGAGACAAAAAAAAAAAAAAAUUGUAUCUCUAAAAGUUAAUCUGGAGACCCAACAGUACAGCUUUCACAGUCCAGGAAGUAAACCGUGUCAAAAUGUUUUAUUGUGAGCUUUCCAAAAGUUAAGUUGGACAACCAUGGAAAUGUUUCCCCGAAUGACUAGUUUACAUUUCCUGUGACUGCGCAGAUGAUCAGAUAUGUCCGUAUAGUUGCGCAACAUGUUCUUUCACUUAAUGCCUGGUUAGAGAAAAUAUCAGAAAUGGGACAGGCAAAAUAAGUCUUCAGAUUGGCACGGUCUGGGACCUAAUUUGCACUGACUGCAUUAGAAACUUGAUACAUGUUUUUCUUUCUCCAGAAAAAGCGCCUGCGCCUCCAGUUAAGUGCUGUUUAAGAUUUUUAUUUUUAACUUAAGCUUCCAUUCAACAUAAACCAGCUACAAGAAAUGGUGUGUUUUGACAGUAGAAUGGGCAGCAUUCGCAGCUACAUGACAGUCCAGCUCGUUUCAGUGUCUUUUUUUUAUUUAACCACAUGCUUAAAUAGGGGAUAAUGUAUGUUUCAGUUGUUUGGCACUCAGUCUUAAAGCAAAAUACAUAGUAAAUAGUUUGUCAGAGAGCUUCAUUCUAACACGGCAUAUUUGGAUGUGAUGUCUUGUUUUGCAUAAAUAUUCACAAGUACUGAAGUGAAAACGUCUCACUGGACAUGAAGUGACGCUAAGACGCCCUUUUUGCCACCAUAUACCGAGACCUAAACACUCUGCAUCCUUUGCUGUAUUAUGGUUGAUUGGUUUAUUGGCCUUGUAGUGAAGUACUGACUGAACAGGUGAAGGAUCUACUCAAGUCCAAGGGCACCCUUACGCUCCUGAGACAAAUAGGCCGUCAAAAGUAUUGUAAUGCACCACAUACCUGCACUCAGUGGUAUAAAUUUAUUUUCAUUGCACUAAAUGAUUUAUCUGCCUUUGUUUAUUUUGUUACAAUGAAACUGUCAUACUAAUGUAAAGUUGUACAGGAAAAUGCUAAUAAACUAGAGUGAUAAUGUUGUAUGUAAA